AUGCCUGGUAGGGCCAGGACUCGCGCCUGAGGCAGAGCCCGCCGCAGGGAGAGCUACCAACAAGAGGCACCUGGGGGACCCGAAGCACCUGGAUCAGCUACAACCCAGGAGCCCACUCAGUUGCAGCGGACACCCCGGCCACUGAGGGAGGAAGUCCCAGUGGUUAGACCUCUGCAGCCAAGAGGAGCAGCACAGUCUCAAGGAGUGAAGGAACCUGGACCUGAGGCUGGGUUGCAUACAGCGCCCUUGCAGGAGAGGAUUGGUGGAGUUUUUCAGGACCUGGUGGUGAACAGGCGAUAUAUGAUGCAUGUUAAAGACUCAAAAACAGGUUCAGAGGAUACAGUGGUACAGCUACUCGCCAACCACUUCCGAGUGAUUUCUCGUCCUCAGUGGGUUGCAUAUAAAUACAACGUUGACUACAGACCAGAUAUAGCAGAUGGAAAUCUCCGUACAAUUUUACUUGAUCAACAUAGAAGGAAAUUUGGAGAGUGCCAUAUAUUUGAUGGAAACUCUUUAUUAUUAUCUCGGCCACUAAAAGAGCGGGUUAAAGUGGAAUGGUUGAGCAUGACCAAAGACAAAAAAUUUGUGAAGAUUACAGUUGAGUUUUCCAAAGAAAUCAGGCUCACGUCGCCAGAUUGCCUACGCUAUUACAACAUUCUCUUUAGAAGAACUUUCAAGCUGCUGGAUUUUGGGCAAGUUGGUCACAACUAUUAUACCAAAAAGAAGGCAAUUCAGUUGUACUGUCAUGGUACCAGUUUGGAAAUCUGGCUUGGUUAUGUUACUUCUAUUCUUCAAUAUGAAAACGGCAUUACCCUCUGUGCUGAUGUGAGCCACAAAAAAACCUAUCCAGUCACUUUAACUCCCGCCCCACCCCCUCCCAAGACUGUUUCUGAAUUUCUUUCCUUUUCCUCUUUGUUAUACAACAACAAAACCUACAGAGUGGAUGAUAUUGAUUGGAAGCAGAAUCCUGAAGACACAUUUAACAGAUCAGAUGGCAGCAAAAUCACCUAUAUAGACUACUACAGGCAGCAACAUAAAGAAAUUGUCACUGUGAAGAAACAGCCACUUUUGGUCAGCCAGGGCAGCUGGAAAAAGGGCCUAACGGGUACACAACGUGAACCUAUCCUGCUGAUUCCUCAGCUGUGCUCCAUGACAGGUCUAACAGAUGAAAUACGUAAAGAUUACAGCACUAUGAAAGAAUUGGCUAAACAUACAAGACUGAGUCCAAGAAGAAGGCAUCACACAUUAAAAGAAUUCAUCAAUACUGUACAAGAUAAUAAAAAAGUACGAGACUUACUUCAACUCUGGGAUUUGAAAUUUGAUACCAACUUUUUGUCCGUCUCAGGAAGAGUUUUGAAAAAUGCAAACAUCGUGCAAGGCAGAAGAAUGGUUAAAGCCGAUUCACAAGGAGACUGGUCAAGAGAAAUAAGAGAAUUACCGUUACUUAAUGCAAUGCUGCUACAUAGUUGGCUCAUACUCCAUAGUAGGAGCAGUCACAGGGAAGCCAUGUCCUUAAAGCGUCAUCUACAGAGUAGUGUCACAGCCCCCAUGGGCAUAACUAUGAAACCAGCAGAAAUGAUUGAAGUAGAUGGGGAUGCUAACUCCUAUAUGGACACAUUACGGAAAUAUACCAGACCAACACUGCAGAUGAUAAGUGUGAUUUGUAUCCUGCCCAAUGAUGACAAACACAGAUAUGACAGCAUGAAAAGAUACCUCUGUACCAAAUGCCCGAUUCCAAGCCAAUGUGUAGUGAAAAAGACCUUAGAAAAAGUCCAGGUAAGAACCAUUGUCACCAAGAUUGCCCAGCAGAUGAACUGCAAGAUGGGAGGAGCCCUCUGGAAGGUGGAGACUGAUGUACAAAGAACAAUGUUCAUUGGCAUUGAUUGUUUCCACGAUAUCGUAAAUCGACAGAAAUCAAUAGCAGGAUUUGUGGCAAGUACCAAUGCUGAAUUAAUGAAGUGGUACUCUCAAUGUGUCAUCCAGAAAACAGGAGAAGAGCUUGUGAAAGAGCUGCAGACCUGCUUGAAAGCUGCCCUGGAUGUCUGGUGUAAAAACGAAUCAUCGAUGCCACAUUCUGUUAUUGUGUAUCGGGAUGGAGUGGGAGAUGGUCAGCUUCAAGCAUUGCUUGACCAUGAAGCGAAAAAGAUGUCGACCUACUUAAAAACCCUCUCUCCUAACAAUUUCAUUCUAGCUUUCAUUGUGGUGAAGAAACGAAUAAACACUAGAUUUUUUCUUAAGCAUGGAAGCGAUUUUCAAAAUCCACCUCCAGGAACAGUUACUGACAUAGAGUUGACUAGGAAUGAAUGGUAUGACUUUUUUAUUGUGAGUCAGUCUGUGCAAGAUGGAACUGUUACCCCCACUCAUUAUAAUGUCAUCUAUGACACGAUUGGCUUGAGCCCAGAUACAGUACAGCGUUUAACAUACUGUCUAUGCCACAUGUAUUAUAAUUUGCCGGGCAUCAUUCGAGUUCCAGCACCUUGCCACUAUGCCCACAAGCUGGCUUACCUCGUGGGACAGUCCAUUCACCAGGAACCGAAUCGUUCUCUGUCAACCCGUCUCUUUUACCUUUGA